AUGGUUACAACAACACAUUCAAAUUCAUACUUACCUGAUGACUGUUGGAAAUGCAUCUUCAAAUUCAUCAUCGACGAGGACGACAACAAUCGUCGCUACUUGUAUCCUCUCUCCGCUGUCUCCAAACAAUUCCUCUCCAUCAUCGAUCCUCUUCGAUUAUCACUGACUGUCCUCAAUCCAACACGCCCUCUCAUCCGUCCCCUCUUCAAAAGAUUCACCAACCUUACCUCCCUUAACCUCUCUCGCUUCCACGGUGACCUCAACAACCUUCUCCGUCAAAUCUCUCGUUUCCCAUCAUUGAACAUCAAGUCACUCAAUAUCUCCAACAAACCCACCAUUCCCGCAGAUGGGUUGCGAGUUUUUGCACAAAACAUUACUACUUUGACCUCUCUCACUUGUUCCAAAAUUGCUAAUUUCAAUACCACUGACCUGUUCCUCAUCGUCGAAUGUUUCCCCUUGCACGAAGAACUCGACGUUAGCUACCCCUUAUAUAGUCAAAAGUACAUUCUUAGAUACCCCUUAUAUGGUGAAAAGUACAUUCUCUAUGUUGAAGGGGUAAAAGCUCUUUCACUUGCACUUAUCAAACUCCGCAAGGUUAAUCUUUCUGGCUUUCCCAUAAACAAUCAAUCUCUUUUCCACUUGCUAAAGAAUUGUAAGCUUCUUGAAGAGGUCAUCAUGUUUGAUUGUGAUCAAAUAAGCAGAGAAGGCAUUGCUUCAGCUCUCCGUGAGAGACCAACAUUGAGUUCUUUAUCCUUUUCUGGUAGUAGCAGUUAUGGCAUGCCAGACAUCACUGCUUUAUGUUUUAUUGGCUUCACUGCUUCAUAUUUUAUUGGCUCAUUAGUGAGUUUGAAGGGUUUGACUUGUCUUAGUUUGCGUUCUUUGUAUAUCUUGGAUGAGUUACUCUACUCUAUUGCAAGGGAAGGUCUUCCUUUAACGAGGCUUGUCCUUCGAAAAUGCACCGGCUAUAGUUAUGAUGGAAUCUUUUGUUUGUUAUCCAAAGGUCAUGGUGUCCAACAUUUGGAUCUUGAAGAUAACAUGUUUCUGAAUGAUCAACAUGUUGUCCAGUUGUAUUCAUUUCUUGGUGAUUUGAUUUCCAUAAACCUUAGUGGUUGUGAUAAGCUCACUGAACGUGCUUUGUUUACACUUGUUAAGAACUGUCAUUCGCUUAGUGAGAUCAAAAUGGAACAUAUUGGGAGUAAGAGUCGAGGGAAUUCUGAAUCUUUGGUGGAUUUUGGUGUGUACCCUCAAUUAAAGUCUCUCUUUUUGGGCCGCAAUUCAUGGUUAAAUGAUGAAAGAAUCAUAAUGUUUGCUUCAAUUUUCCCCAAUUUACAGCUGCUUGAUUUGACUUCUUCCACACAGAUAUCAGAAGGUAUUUGCGAAGUUUUAAGGAAAUGUUGUAAGAUUAAGCAUUUGAACUUAUCAGGUUGUUAUAAAGUGAAGCUACAUAGUAUCAACUUUGUAGUUCCCAAGCUGGAGGUGUUGGACUUGUCAGGUGUUGGACGUUAUGUCACAGAGAAGGGAAUGAAACAUAUGGUAGAAAGAUGUACACAACUGAGAGAAAUUAAUUUGGGGGAUUUGCAUUUAAGUGACGAAAAGAGGAAAUUCUUCUCGCGUCGUGGAUGCCUUCUUUGCUAG